AAAUAGUUUUCUUUUGUUCUGAGGGAGCCAGGCGGGCGGUGGGGUGGAAGGGGGAGUGAGUUGGCCACAGGCACCUGUUACAUAGGCUUGGCUUACUGGGUUCAGCUCCUGUGGGUUUGGUUCUGGUUGGUUUCCGUUUGGGUCUGGAGCGCAACUCUGGCUGGUGGCACCAGGAGUCUUUAACAAAUUUAUUUUUCAGCAACGGAGAGGUAGAUGUAACUGGCAGAGCAUCUUUUUUUAGCACCUUCUCCAAAGCGUCCUUCCCAUCAGCAAACCUUGGUAAAAAUGACUCCAUCUGGCUGGUUUGCAGACAUUUAUUUUGCUUUUUAAAAAUUGGCCCCUACUUCCAUUUGUCCAAACGGUCACCAAGGUCUGCAGUUUUGAGAUCUCCAAGUUCAUGGUCUCAGGGCCCCGCUUUUGCUAAAACUGCCUCUUUAGCUCCUUGGCACUGGACCCCGUGGAGGCGAGUUUGUGUUUAUGUCAAGGUCUGCCCAGUGCAGUUACCGCUUCACUGUGGUGUGCUCUGGUUGCAUCCUGAUAUUUCUGCAGAUGAUCCUACGUGUGUGUGGAGGAGGGAGGGGGUUACAUAAGCAUUUCUGAAGCUUUAGCCUGUGUCCUUCAUUUCUCCCACUUUGCAGCGGUUGUCUUGAUUAUUGGGCAGUGUGACCUACAGAGAGAGGAAACCCAGAGUCAAAAGCAAAAUUCCAGGCCGGAAUCUGGUUUUUGAAGCCAGGCCAGAGGAGACCUGGGCUUGGCCGUCCCUGAGACAUGCCAUCGCUUUGCAAACUAACCCGGGGAUAGCUGGGAGCAUGGCCACCCUGCUUCACGACGCAGUCAUGAAUCCAGCAGAAGUCGUGAAGCAACGCAUGCAGAUGUACAACUCGCCACACCGGUCGGCCCUCAGCUGCAUCCGGACAGUGUGGGGGACGGAGGGCUUGGGGGCCUUCUACCGGAGUUACACCACGCAGCUGACCAUGAACAUUCCCUUCCAGUCCAUCCACUUCAUCACCUACGAGUUCCUGCAGGAGCAGAUCAACCCCUACCGGGGCUACAACCCGCAGUCACACAUCAUCUCAGGCGGGCUGGCCGGCGCCCUGGCCGCCGCCGCCACCACCCCCCUGGACGUCUGUAAGACCCUCCUCAACACUCAGGAGAACAUGGCCCUCAACCUGGCCAACAUCAGCGGCCGCCUGUCGGGCAUGGCCAACGCCUUCCGGACGGUGUACCAGCUCAACGGCCUGCCCGGGUACUUCAAAGGCGUGCAGGCCCGCGUCAUCUACCAGAUGCCGUCCACUGCCAUCUCCUGGUCCGUCUAUGAGUUCUUCAAGUACUUCCUCACCAAGCACAAGCUGGAGAAUCGAACUCCCUACUAAAGGAGCGGGCUGCGGGAAGCAACGCCGGCGUCUUCGAUUGUGCAAAGGCUUUCUCCCUGCCUGCGCCCGCUCCCCUGCCCUCACACCAAGAUUACUGGGGCACAGGGUUGGCAGGAGGGGCCUUCCGCGCGCCCUGACCCCUUCUUAGAAGGAGGAGAGGACGGACAGCCGUUUACCCGAUGGCCAUCCGCCGGGACAUACCAGGUGAUAGCAGGUGGGGGCAAGGCCAGCGGGGCAGCGAGAAAUCGCUGUUUCUCGUCCUCCCCCCAGAGUGAUGUAGCUUUUCCUGCAGUGUAGCACCUCCUCCCCUAGAAUCGUCCAUAGAUCACACAGGAGGGAAGAACGUGCGCAGUGACUGAAAACAUUAAAGAGGAAAAAAAAAGUUAUGUAUAUAAAAGUUCCAGUACACAGUAUAAAAUAGAUGGAUAAUGUUUAUCCUUUAUUUUUCUAUGUAGAAGUUUUUGAAUUUGAGUGUGUGCCUGUGCGUGUGUACAAGCAAGUGUUACAGCUGAGAAUAUAAAGCUGUUUAAAAAAAAAAAAAUAGUAAGAGGGCUGAAUUUUUCCAUCAGGUUAAGUCAAAGGGCACCAAAGUAGUGCGUUGCUCCAUGUGGCCUAAAAUUGUGUUGAGCUCCCCAUGGAAGUUCCACUUGAAUGUAAAAUAAUAAGUAUAAGGUUUAUAUUUUGAAUUUCUCUUUUUAUAAGGGAAAAAGGUACGUUGAAAAAAAUAAUAUUUUUAGCUACUUUUUUUUAAAUCCUUAUUCAAUCAGUCACCGUCCUGUGCCUUUUCCCUUUGUCUUUUGCUGGAAAUUCCAGGACCAAAGAUCGGACCCUGGGGCUUUUCCUCUCGCUGUGAGCUCACCCCCCGCCACACACACACAUACUGGGCGGCAGGCAAGGCUCACACUGGAACACAGUGGCCCCCGGUGGAAUUCGGGUGGCUGGUCUUCCUGAAAGCAUUCCCUUCCCGUGUGGGUGAGGUGAAGGUACGCCUCUCAGGGCGAGCACUUAGAAGCCCUUGAAAUACCAGUGCUUGGCUGCUUGUUGGGCAGGCAAAUAGGAUCAGUCCUACCUUGAUCCUUGGACUUCGUUCUCCAUCCACCUUUUAACCCAGGCACUUCAGGCAUUCUUGUCUGUGUUGGACUCAGUCCUGAUCUCUGCUUCCCUGUGCAGUUUUAGGGAUUUUAAGAAACACAGGCAGUGCAUCUACAGCAUUUAUCUGUUUCCCCUGCCCAUCACGAAUGUCUCCCUUAGAGAGCCUCUCACCGCCCAGGUCUCCCUAGCAGCUGCUGAAAGGACCUGGGCCCUUGUGCACGGUCAGGAUGUCUCUUGAACCAUCUUCAACCUUGUGUGGUACACACCGCCUGGAAACAUGCCGCCUUGUUUUCUGCAGUGGCACAUUUGAGCCAGGUUAUCCCUGGAGCAAAUACAAGCCUGUUUCCUUCAGCCACGCCUUCCCAGGCCUCUCUCCGAGACCCAGCAGCUUCACAGUUUUCUUUUAAAAUGCGUAGGAAGCAACUGUUUUCAUUCUGACCCAGCCUGGUCCUGACCGUGACCUUUGGCCCUUUGCCUUAGGCAGGGUCCCUGUUGUGCAUUGUCACUGGGCUCAGACCCAGGCUCCUUGAGGUGCCCUCAUUCUCAGGAAGAACUCGGGUGGUCCUGGGACAUUAGCAUCUUGAGACCUCGCACACUCUGCCUCCCAGAAUAGUGUGCAGGUUCCGGACAGCAGAGACCCAUGUCAGACAGCUCCCACACAUGCCCGAUGAACAGGGUCUUCUCCUGGGCUGGGAGGUUUGGCUGCUGACCUGUCCCCUCUCAGAGGUAGCCCCCACCCCCAUCUCCCCAGUGGAAGUCUGUUGCAACAAGCUUCCAUCCCACUCAGGGAUGCAGAAUGCCCACGGAGAUCAAGCUUCUGGGGGAAAUGUUUACGUCUCUCUAAACAUACCCCUAAACAUACCCUCUGUUAGUGUUAACGUUUGGCAAAUGGAAGAAAGACCAGGUCGAAUUCUGAAAUAAUUAUCCAGCCUCCCCUCCUUGUCCACUUCAGAUACACCACCGUGCUGCAGAAUAUUCCUUAUUUCUUAAGGAUGAGUGUGCCUGUUGAAUACAAAUGUACUGCUGCUGCUUAACCUGUGAGAUGCAUGGUGUAUGUUACCGUGGUGGGCCAGUGUCGUUUCUUAAAUUGCCCGUUGUAAAUAUCAUGGUUUCUGCCUCUCAAAUCAUCGCCAACUCUUGGAAGAAGGGGAGAAAUGUGUGUUUCUGUGUGGGGAUGUUUCUGAUGUGCUGCUACAGUCAAGACACUGGAGCUAUGGAAAAUAAAGCCUUGAUCUUUGAA